GGCCACGCGUGCAGCAUACAAAGUAAAACAUCAAAAAAGAAUAAGUUUGCACGCCUAUCACACGCGACGCGUCGCCCGUGCAAGGACCUGUGUUGUUACACUGCACAUUUAAAUACUCAAGUAUCCUAGAGUGUCCUUUUGUAUUCCUCCCCCCUCCCUUCCUUCUCAACGGCAAACCCGAUGCUAUGUUGACCCCGCCGUCACCAUCUUCAUCACCUGUAAACGACACCUCCAGCCCUUCUCAGGACCUCGUUUUGGAAAACUCUAGUUCUCCGCGCGAACAUCCUGCAAAAGCAGAUUAUAAUGCCGAUGAGGAUAUUGAUACCUACAUGGCCGAGCAAGGAGAGGCCAACAUUCCUCUGACACUCGACCUGUCGACACCUCCUCCACCUCCAGUCACCAAUCUCACACCAAUGACGAAAUUAGAGUCCAUUGAUUCACUGAGGAAGAAGCCAAUGCAACCUGGCGAGAUGUGGUAUCUCGUCGCCAGACCAUGGUAUAAACGGUGGCGUCUGGCCUGCUCCGGAGAGGAGGACAAAGAAGGCCGAGUAAAUGAAGCUGAUCUCGGCCCCGUAGACAAUUCGUCUUUAGUAGAUGCCAGUGGAAACCUUAUUUCCUCUGCUACCGAAGGUGUUGACGUUGAAUUCGUCCCGGAGCAAGCAUGGAACCUCCUUGUUCAGUGGUAUGGCGAACCUCCCUACACUCUACAGCGAAAAGUUAUCACCAGAGGCAUGUUCAAUGAGGCUAGCCUCGAACUAUAUCCUCCACGAUUUAAGAUACAUCUACUUUCGCCACAGCCGAUCGACAACGAUCUGGAAGAAUCGAUUCCUCUUACUAUGUCCUCCAAAGACACCCUUUCUGACCUGCACAAACAUAUCCUGCUAGCUGUCCCUAAAUCUGAUGGUGGCGAAAGACGGGUCUGGAGACUCACCGAAGGCGGUAACUGGACUAGACUGCAUUAUCCCGCCACUCGACUGAAAGAAGACGGCGCCAGUUUGCUCGAGGACAAUAGGAAAUAUUUAGAGGAAGGGAUGAUAGAAUCGGGCGAUACCUUCGUUGUCGAAGAAGCGGGACCUGAUGGCAAGUGGCUAAUUGAUGGCUUGCCAAGGUCGACAGCCGUCAGCGGGACCACGACCCCACUUUCUACUGCUGAUUCCAGCACGAGGUUGUUUGGUACGUCAGAUUUCUUCAGUAAUCUUCAGGCAAAGGCGACGAUAGCCGGCAAUGAGACAAAAGUUGAGAAGAAAGCCUUGACAUUAAAACCACCUGUCACGAUCAAAGUAGGCCCUUCGUCGAAUAUUCGGUCGAAGGGCCCCAAGAUCAUCCCAGGGACGCUGGGUCUUGGAAAUAUGGGAAAUACCUGUUUCAUGAACUCUGCGAUCCAAUGUCUGGCACAUACCGAGGAACUCACUGAGUUCUUCUUGACUGGCGUAUUCGAGGAUGAGCUUAACCCAGAAAAUCCGCUUGGCAUGCGUGGUGCCAUCGCCGAAGCAUUUGGUGCCCUUCUCCGCAGAAUCUGGGAUACAAACUCUUCUAUGUCAUCUUAUUCCCCACGGGAAUUCAAAUCUGUCCUUCAGAGGUUUGCACCUCAGUUUGCCGGGUAUCAACAGCACGACUCGCAGGAGCUGGUCGCAUUCUUGUUGGAUGGUCUCCAUGAAGACUUGAACCGCAUAUUGAAGAAACCAUAUGUGGAGAAACCCGACUGGGAGGGCGGAGGUGACAAAGAAAUGGUGGCGCUGGCGAAAGAGAGCUGGGACGGUUAUAUGAAAAGGAACGAUAGUGUGAUUGUUGAUCUCUUCCAGGGUCAAUAUAAGAGUACUCUGGUUUGUCCGGAGUGCCAGAAGGUGUCGAUUACCUUCGAUCCCUUCAUGUACUUAACCUUGCCACUUCCAGUUCAGAAGAAGUUCACCCAUGAUAUUUACUAUGUCCCUUGGGAUCAUAGCAAGUCUCAUGUCAAGGUUCCUAUUGAAAUGAGCCGAGACUCCUCUUUCCGAGAUGUCCGCCAACAAUUAGCACGUUGGAUGAACUCUGACGCUGACCUUCUCCUCACCCUUGAAAUCUUCAAUCACCGAUUCUUCAAAGAUCUCGAUGACCAUGUUUCGUGGGGUGACGUGCAGGACAACGACAUCAUCGUGUGCUUCGAACUACCAUGCCAUGCCCGUCAAAGUCGUAACUACAAGAAGCAAGAAGGCGAUCCCUUCAUCUUACCCGUCUUUAUGUGCGACACCAUCCAAUCGAUAUCGCGCACGUCUUCCUACAACAACACGAUCAGCUACUUCGGGUAUCCGUUCUUCGUGGUAUUGGAUGAGAAGCAGGCUACUGACCCUGAUGCCAUGUAUGACGCUAUCAUCGAAAGGCUUGAGCGAUGGUCUGCCAACGUCAGAGACUUGUAUAAAUGGGAAGCAGGCCCAUCAGAUGCGUCUAUGGAGGAAGUUCCCAUCCCUAUCACUAGUGCACCUGCACCAACUACAGAAACUGUGACCGAGAUCAAGGUGAACGGGGACGUCGUUAAUGUCGAAGAACCCAUCCCUGAAGAAGGCGAUAUCGUCGACGAGAAGAGCAUUGUCAUCCAAGAGGAUGCUUCCAUGAGUGAUACCGAGCCGGAUGAUUCGGAAAUCCCCAGGAGGGUAGGCACCAAAAAGGGCAUUUACAACCUCCGUCUUCAUGGACCUGUGUAUGGAGGAAGCAAUUAUGGCGGAUUGUAUAACAUUUCAAGUCGGGGUCUCGUUGACUGGGAAAUGCGCAAGAACCGCGCUAGAGCCGAUGAGAAGCCUAUUCUUCUGCGUCACGGAGACUCCCUCUUUAUCGAAUUCGAUGUCAACAUGAAGUCGUACUACUUCGGCGAUGACCGAUCCGCCAAAUGGUCGCACUGGGAAGAAUUCAUUCAUCCGGACCUAGCUGCUUCGAGAAAAUCUGCGGAAGCGAGGAAGGACAAGAAGAUCACCUUGCAGGACUGCUUGGACGAAUUCACCAGGGAAGAGACGCUGGGUCAAGACGAUUUGUGGUACUGUCCUCGUUGCAAGAAACACCAGCAGGCGACCAAACGCUUCGAUUUGUGGAAGACGCCAGACGUACUCGUCGUACAUUUGAAGCGCUUCAGCAACAGUCGAUUGCUCAGAGACAAGAUCGAUGCAUUCGUGGAUUUCCCUGUACAGGGUCUUGAUUUGACGGAUAUGAUCGGUGAGCGCGAAGUGGCGAAACGACUCCUGAGCGAGAAUGUCAACGUCGAGGAGCUCGGGCUGACUGAUCUUGAUGAGCCUUUGGUUUAUGAUCUCUAUGCCGUGGACGAACAUCUAGGUGGUCUCGGUGGUGGCCAUUACAGGGCAUACGCCCAUAACCACCUCAACGACAAAUGGUAUCACUUUGACGAUUCGUACGUCUCAGAAGCUAAUGCAGACAAAGCCGUGUCCUCCAAUGCAUAUCUGCUGUUCUACAAACGCAGGACAUCACGACCAUUGGGCGGGAAAAGCCAUUUGAAGAUUGAGGAGGCUCGUAACAAGCCUAAGCCCUCGACUCCCACUCCUGAGGUGAAAAUAGAGGACUCCCAAUUACCUACUCCCCCCGCUGAAUCCCCUCCCAAUUCGUACACAGACGCCGAACCAGACAUCGACGCAACUGAUUCUUCAUUCAUGACUCCCUACUCCGAUGGCAUCUCCUCGCCCGGAUCUUCACCUCCACCGUUAGAUGAUUCCGAACCACCCAGCUUUGAAGCUGCUCAAUUCGAUCCUGUUCUGCAAACCAACUUGGAUGAGUCCCUGGAUCCCUUGCUACUCUACGAUAAGAAAUUCGACUUCCCAGACCCAACGAUUGCUGCGCCUGGAUCACCCUCCUCUACUGGCGCAGAACCUGAUAUGGAGGAACCGCAAAAUCCCGACGACAUUGGUACGAUAACCCCGAAUUCCUCCACGAGCGAUCCACUGCGGGCAGACUUCGGUAAUGAGCGUGAGCGUGCCCUGGCUCAUCGCAGGUUGUCUGAAAUUGGGGCUUCUUCGUUACCCUCUGGCCCUCAAACGCAUCUUCGCGAGUAUCUCAGCGAGCAAGGUUUCACUGACGCAUAUCUCAAGAACAUAGGCUCCUCAGUCGCGCCGUAUGAACAGGACGGCCACGUGAAUGAGGCAUUGUCGCAUUACACUGCGACUGAAGACAAUGAGAUGGAUCUCGACAACAUUGUUGACCCUGAAAUCUUGAGGAGCCAACAAGCAGCACUCGAGUCAUAUGCACGUCUCAAGGACGAUGAGCCCGCGUUUGCUGAUGACGCGGUGGAUACCCUUAUACCGGGAAGUCUCUCCCUCGAGGAGGAAGCUGCUGCAAUCAUAGACGCAGACCCUGAUCUCGCUGAUAUCGGCGAACGUUUGCUCAAACAUGGCAAUGAUCCUCGAAAGGUCAUAGAGGAACGCCUCGUAGCCAAGGGUUUCAGCCGUGCAGACAUCCGCAUGUUGAUGGACCAAGAUGACUUUGGCUCGGAACCACCAACGGACCUUGCUUCAGAACCUGAGGGAGAUGCGGAGGAAUAUGCAGAUACCGCCACCAUCCUCGAACAUUUAAGGAAGGUCGGAGAUCCUCAGAAGAUGAUGGAGGAUAUGUUGGUCGCGAAGGGUUAUACCCGCGAAACCGUGCGCACCAUUAUGGCCAAGGGUCCAGUUACUGAGAGUUAUGCGGCGCUAAUGGCUGGAGGUGGUCCUGGAAUAAUAUAAUGUCUGGACUAUGGACGUGCUGGGAUUCACGUCAAUACCCCCGAACUCGUUGAGUGGCUUUGUCGCAAUUUCUUGCUGGUUAGAAUACAUCCCUGCUGUGGCGUAGCACACUAUACUCCAAGUUGUAUCUCGAUUGCUAUCGAAUUGAUCUAGUUUUCGUGCUGUCUUCCGGUUUGAAGCUGACAUCACACAAUGAACUACAGCAUCUGAUCCAAGUGUGACUUAGUAAUAUCGACGUCUACUGCUCAACAAAUCUUCUGAUAACCCCAGCAAGCUCAUUGUCGACGUCCGUCAGAGUACUCUCCUUCCGCGCAAUCUCCAUGUAUACUUCGCCUUCCACUGCAUGCCCUUCUCGGUCCAUACCCAGACCUCGUCGAGAUAUAUGCCAAUGUUGUGGGUUCUGUCCACGAGAGAACACCUCCAACGCAUCGUGGUCGCUAGCGAGUGAAGGAUUAGCAUCACCAAACUGAAAUCAAUUACAGAAGACAUACCUGUGCAAGAUCUGCUGGCCAUUGAACAAAUGUUCCGACCGAGAAGUGAAGCCUUGGGAAGAUGUUACAGUAUAGGAGCCCGUGGAUAUGACGUAUCUAUCUUGUGGCUCCAGGAUCUUGCUCACCGUCGGAAGAGACGCUUCAAGACUCUUGCUUUGUUCUGAAGAAAUUAUUUCCUGUAACCUGCGCAUGGUCGCCAGGCAUUGCUCCACUAGAAGUGUGUCGUUCGAGUCCCGAUCAGUGUCGACAAUCAAAGCCAAAGUCAGCGGAUGCAUCUACAAAAUUGCACAACGUCCUACGCGUCAAUUUCUUAAAUGAUUGGAUAACUUGGCAAGGAGCGACGUACUGUUACGUGCAACACCUUCCUUCGAAUGGUGGCGCAAGGAUCAUCACCUUCAGCCAAAUACACAGUAGUAGUCAGGAAACUCGGUAAUGGCUCUGAAGGGAGUGCUUCUUCGACCUGGGGCUCAGCGACAGGCGCGGGGACUGGGUCUGUAUUGACCGUGGGUUCAUUAGAGGCAGGCAAACCUUGGUCUUCUUCGACAGAGCUCUGCGAUUCAUGGUCAAUUGAAGAUUCCUUAUUCUCCUGGAUUUCUGUUUGAUCAUCUUGAACGGCGUCGGGUUCGUCGGCCGAGGGUGGCGUCGCAUCCUUUGAGGCUGAUUUCUCGCGCGGCUCAGGUGAGGAUGAGGCAAUGGGGGAGGAAGAGACGGCAGGGGACGGAGAAGAAGGUGAUGGUGACCCAAGUUGAGAAGGUUGCGGAGAAUGUACUUCGGAGUUGAUCGCUUCAUUCAAGGACUCUGUAUCAAUAUCCGGUGGCUUGACUGAGAGUCUUCCCCCUUCUGGAGUAACAGAAUCUUCCUUCUUACCA